AUGAAUCCCUGGAAACAAACUCUUGCUCAGAUUCUGAAGGUGACGUUGAAUCUUGUUGUUUACGCAACUUUGCCUCCUUGGUCAACCUUCUUGCAGUCUUCUCGAUCUCUGGAUCAAAUUCUAAUUCUCCUGUACGAGAAGAUCGAGGAGAAAGAGAAGGAUAUAAAGAGAAACAAUGACUGUCGUAAUCUUCAAGAAAGUCGAAUUUGCAAGCAAAAGUCACGAACUCCUAUCACUCUAAAAGAAUUCUUUGAUGUUGAUGUGGUCGCAAGUCACACAACGCGGGUAGUUCAUGUCCACGAACAAAAGGAUAAUACUCGCGAAUCUCUCUGUGAGAUAGCCCGUGUGCCUACUAGCAAUGAAAAAGGUAGUGUGCCCACCGGCAACAAAGAGGUGAACGUCACAAGUAUCACUUUCACUAGUGAAGACUUGUUGCUUGGGCCAACACCGCAUAACCCCCCUUUGUUUGCGGCUGGUUAUGCAAAUGAGCAAAAAGUUAAUAGAAAUUUGAUAGAUGGAGAUUCCGCAGUCAAUAUUCUUCCUUUAAUGACUCUGAAGGAGCUCGGCAUCCCGAUUGAUGAACUCUCCAAUAGCCGACUGAUGAUUCAAGAUUUUAAUCAUGGAGGGCAAAGAGCUCUUAGAUCACUAAAUUUGGAGAUAGUCAUUGAUGACAUGUCAUCCAGAGCGUUGUUUUGUACCAUCAACUCUUCAUCAAUGUUUCAAGAACUGUCAAACGGGAUGGCAAGAAGCGUGAAAGCCGAUGAUAAUCCUUUCACUGAGGCGGAAGCGUAUAUCACUGAUGCCAAAUUUUACAUCAAAAGGCAUAAUGCGAAAGAUAAGUCUGAGCAACCUCUAUCUGUGGAUAAAAUUCAGAACCCCAAAUCUCCAAGUGCAAAAGGAGAGAAAGUGAAAAAUUCGAAAUCAAAAGAGGAAGUUCAUGAAGAAACUGAUGUUUCAUUACCAAACAAUGAAUCAGUUGUCUUUCGCUACCCUCCCAAGUCAAGAAUGGAACAGGGACAGUCACCGGCAAUUCAGCAUGAAACUCUAAAAGGUUUGACUCUUCCGGUAGUUCAUCUUGAUACAAAGAAGAUGUCAUUUCCUCCACUUAAAAGAUCUAACCUUUUAAGCAAAGAAUUUGAAGUUGAACCAGACACCAUACCAAGUCGAGAACCAAAGAAGGAAAAAGGAUAUGCCGUUGAAAAUUCUAAAUUUGAUUUUGGCUAUUUCUCUCCUACACCAAUCCGCAUCAAGAUCAAUAGAUCUAGUAGCCAAUAUAUUGCUGUGGAGGAUGAGUCUUCUCAAAUAGCCGAUAAAUUUCAAACUUUUCACGGAAAGGAGAAUAAAGCUUCACGGGUAUCUGUUUUUAAGAGUAUCAUUCCUUCGAGAAUGAGGAGAUGCAUAAACCUUGUAAUAAAGUGUGGGACUGAGUUGAACGUUAGGGAGCAUAUCGUAGUGUACACAAGAUCAAAAGAGGAUGAUGAAGAGAGUGUUGUUUCAUGCAAUCAUAUAAUUCUAAUUGACGGUGCCUCUCCUGAAGAAGAAGAAGAUGCUGAAGAUGCUCCACCUAAAUUGGAAAAAGGUGUUAAGGCCACUGUGGAUGAUCUAAAGGAAAUCAAUCUUGGUAUUUCAGAGGACCCGUGUCCAAUAUACAUAAAUAUUUUAUUGAGCCCUGACGAAGAGAAGGCAUACAUUGAACUUUUGCAGGAGUAUCAAGGUGUUUUUGCAUGGACUUGUAAAGAAAUGUCGGGCUUAGAUCCAAAAGUGGCCGUCCACCAUUUGGCUGUUAAAAAGGGAGUUCGACCUGUGAAGCAAGCACAACGGCGGUUUAGACCCGAUUUGAUUCCACUGAUCGAAAUUGAAGUCAAUAAGCUUAUUGAAGCCGGGCUUAUUUGUGAAGUUAAAUAUCCUGCAUGGAUUUCAAGUAUCGUACCCGUGCGAAAGAAGAAUGGGCAAAUCCGCAUCAGCAUCAAUUUCAAAGAUCUUAACAUUGCUUGUCCAAAGAUGACUUUCCUUUACCGAUCACUGAGCUCAUGA